AUGGUCAGCGUGUACGGUGUGCAGCUCGCAUUUUAUCGUGGACAUCGUCGCAGCGACAGCAGGGGCUCUUUGGUGAUGUACGACAGCGCUAGCUGUUCGUACGCAGGUGCGCUCGAAUUAAAAGGAGCCUCCGGGGCCGGAGCCGCGGCCGCAAGUGUAACCGCGGCGGGUGUCAAGCAGGAAAACUGGCCGUACCGCGGCCUGACCUGCGGUAGCACCUUCCAGAGGCUCAAGGAGAGCGUUGACAAGGCGAAACAAGCGCUCGCCGACCGCGGCGGAUACUUAUCCGGUGCUUUCUCGCCGCCGCCACGUGCCACUCCAUCCGCCAUUUCGCCAACUGCCUCCAUCACCGAUGCCAGCAGCUCGUACAAAGGAGGCUGGAGCCACGCCACGUCGCCGGCUCCUGGACAGGGAUACGGGAGCAGCUUAUCCAAGUCAGCACUGGACACGCACACCCACCUCAGGCAGCCUGAUCCCUACCAAAUGUUCGGAGCGACGAGCAGUCGGCUCGCAAGCUCCGGUUCCGGUCAGAUUCAACUCUGGCAAUUUCUACUCGAGCUACUGUCGGACUCGAGCAACGCCGCGUGCAUUACGUGGGAAGGAACCAACGGUGAAUUUAAGUUGACUGACCCGGACGAGGUGGCGAGACGCUGGGGCGAGAGGAAGUCCAAGCCUAACAUGAAUUAUGACAAAUUGUCGAGGGCUUUGAGGUACUACUACGACAAGAACAUCAUGACAAAGGUCCACGGGAAGAGGUACGCGUACAAGUUCGACUUCCAGGGCCUGGCAGCGGCAACGCAACCCGCGGCCGCGGAUCCAGCUGCCUACAAAUACCAAAGCGAGCUGUUUAUGUCCGGUUACGGACACGCAAAACUGAACCUCAUGCCACCACCGGCCGCCUCCGUGUCGGUUUCUGUUCCUGGGGGCCUGUUUCAAUCAGCCUCCAGCUACUGGUCCACGAGUCCGGGUGCUAACCUGUACGCGGGACACCACACGGCCUCUGGUCAUGUGCCGCCUCAUCUGGGCACCUAUCCGCAUUACGCAUGACCCACCGCCGA